GCUUUAAGGGGAGGUAUCCCUAGAGAAAAUCGAGUUUUAGGUCUAGGAUAUCGAUUUUUAACUAAUAACAUAAUUAAGUAGAUCAACCAUUUUUCAUUACAUUACAAUCAUUUUUAUUGCUUAAAUCUGUGUCUAAAACAUGUUUUAUGUUGUUUUUGUAAGGCCUAUGAGACAAAAUUUUUAUAAAAUUUCUUGAAAAGUACAAAAAUGGCCCUUGGUUACGCCAUCUCUAUUAUAAGCAAAUCAUUGUUUGACUAUCGAUGUUUGGUAUGGUUUUUUUCCUCACGAUCUCUAGUUUUAUAAAGACGCCUCGUUUUCGCUCUAUGUUUCAUUCAAUUUCGGUAAUGAUCGGAAAUCUUCGGUCAACUUUUGAAGCAAAUUAGAUUAUUUUUAGCCUUGCUAAUAAAUAAAGAAACGCCAUUGGUUGAUUUUGCCCCCGUGGUCGGAAUCCCCGUAACUACUUUUGUUAUUUCCGACUAUCGAUAAUAGACUUUUUUUCAAUGGCGAAGUCUACACGUUGACUUUCUUUUCUGUUCAUGUGUGCAUUUUCUUAUUUAUUCAACAGUUACAGUAUAUAUAUUUCUUUUUUUAUUCAUCAAAUAUUCUAGAUCUGCUUCACCUUGUUUUUUAUAAAUGGCUAGACUCAACAAAAGGCUAGCUCAAUUGAAGCAAGCUCGAAUGAGUCGCAAAUUAGAUCUAGAAAGAGUUACUGGUAAAUCUAAGACUCUAGUCGAUCUAGAUAAAUCUAGUACUUCCACAACAAGUUCUAGGUCUAUAUCUUCAUCAACACCUAGCCCAACUAGAUCUAGAUCUGAUUCAUCUUCUGGACAUAAUAUUACGGCAGCAGUUGAAAUUGAGAAUGUGUCUACCGAAGCCAAUAAAAGUGAGGCAUUGGCAUCUAGAUCUAAGUCUAGUAAACUUCAUUUAGAUCUCAAUACCAGGAGUAAAAGUAAAAUUAUUGACAUUCCCAAAUUAGAUGUUGAUAAUUUAAUAUCCACCACUCCACACACUAACAGAACAAUAGUUGAAUUUGACCAACUUCAGGCCCUUAUACAGCCUUUACUUUGUCCUGGCUGCAAUAAGUCUUCAUUAAAAUUAAAUUCUGAUGAAAAAUGUCGCAAAGGCCUGUCUGUUAAACUUAGCAUUAACUGUGAAACAUGCAGGACAGUUGUAAGUAGCAACCAUACAUCAGGUUAUUCUAAAGAAAAUAAAAGAUAUUCUGUUAACAAUUCUGCAGUUCUAUCAUCAAUCUUAUGUGGAUUAGGUUCCUACACAUUUAACAAACUGUGUGAACAUUUAGACAUACCUGGAAUGUGUAAAAAAAACUUUCUAAAUAUUACUAAACUAAUUUACAAUAAAGGUGAUGAUAUCCGACAGGCCCUAGAACUUAAAACUGUUGACCUUAUUCGUCGAAAGCAUGCGGAGGAAAGUGGAGUUUCUAUAAACGAAGAAGAUAUCAUUGAUAUUGAUGUCUCAUAUGAUGGCUCGUGGCUAACCAGAGGACACACUUCACAUAUUGGAAUUGGAUGUGUUGUUGAUGUGUUAACAGGAUAUGUUUUGGAUUUCCACAUAGUUUCAACAUUUUGUUUGGUCUGUCAAACCACUGGCAGAAAGAUUAAAGAAAAAUCCCCAUCACAGUAUUCAGAAUGGUUUGAAACACACAAGCCUUUUUGUGAAAUCAACUACACAGGUUCAUCAGCUAUGAUGGAAACACAUGCCGCAGAGGUAUUAUGGCUGAGGUCAGUUACAAAAUUUAAGCUUCGCUACACAUCAAUGUUAUCUGAUGGAGAUGCUAAAUCUUUCAAAAGAGUAACUGAACUUAAACCUUAUGGUGACAUUCCCAUAGUAAAAGAAGAAUGUGUCAACCAUGUUGGUAAAAGGAUGGGAUCUGCACUUCGAAAUUUAGUUGCUGAUUGUAGCAAAAAAGGUACUUCUCUUGGAGGCAAAGGGCAUGGUAAACUAACUCAAAACACUAUAAAAAAGUUAACACUUUAUUACUCUAGAGCCAUUAGAAAGCAUAAAAAUGUUUCUGAUAUGCAGAAAGCUAUAAUGGCAUCUCUUUAUCAUUGCUUGUCAACUGACAAAUCACCGAAACAUCAAUUGUGUCCAACUGGAUCUGGCUCGUGGUGCUUCUACAAUGCUGCUGUUGCUAAAAAUGAGACUCCUGGUCCACAUAGCAAGCUUCUCUGCACUCCUCUAAAUUAUAAGCUACUAGCUGACCACUUAAAACCAAUAUAUAAACGCCUCUCCGAGCCAGCCCUCUUACAACGUUGUUUGCUAGGUGCUACCCAAAACGCCAACGAGUCUUUGCAUUCCAAGAUUUGGAGUACUUGUGAUAAAAAGAAAUUUUCUUCUUGGAACAAGGUAACAUUUUCAGUGAUAUCCUCUAUUUAUGACUUUAACUUUGGAUUUGCUGCUUCAAAAAUAAUGAAAAAUAUUCUGUUCUGCAAAAACACGUUUCAUGCCCAUCGUCUUGGUUUGAGUCGACAGAAUCAACGAUUAAGUGGGUCGGCGUAUAAAAAAAGUAAAGUGGUCAUGAGACGACUCCAGAUGAGGAAAGAUGCAAAAGCUCGAAGGGAACUUGAGUUAAGAGAUGCAGAGGGACCUACUUAUGAAGCAGGACAGUUUUAGCUGUUUUUUUUUCUGCUUUUUCUUCUUUUUUCAGAAAUCAACAAAUAUAAAUUUCACGUAGGUCAUUUAGCUGUACACAUGAUUUCUCCUAAACUAAUUGUUUGAUUUUAAUGAAAUUUGAAACACUUGUUCUAGACAUGAUAUACCUUACUUGUAUAAUGAAUUUUUGUGAAACUUUUUAAUACUUUUUACUAAGUUUUCAAAUCUAUACUUUAAACUCAUUUUUCUCAAAAUGUUACUUUUUGCACAUAUCAUUAUGCCUUACUAGGAAUUUCUCCUAAACUACUUGAUAGAUUUCAAUGAAAUUUGAAACACUUCUUAAGGACAUCAUUUACUUUACUCGUACAAUGAGUUUUUUUCAAACUUUUAUUUACUUUUUUUUUUAAAGUAAUUUUAAUUAAUAUUUAUCCUGUUUUUUAUGCCUAAAAUAUAACUAAAAAUUCAAAAAUUUGUAAAAAAAAAAACAUACUUAAAUCUUUAAUUCUGACGUUGUACCAAUUUAGAGGAUCCAUUUCUCUUAUCUUUAAAUUCAAUUUCAUGUAAUUUUGAUCAAUAGUUUUUACAAAAUUCAGAGUUUUAAUUUGUAUACAAUAAACAAUAUGGCCGCCGUUACCAUGGCAACCAUCAUUCAAACAACUUUUUUUUUAGCAUUAUUUAUUUUAGAAUAUCAUUAUAUGUUACCAUAACAAAUUUCAAAGGCCUAGCUUCAGAAAUAAGAAAAAUAAGAUUUUCAGGGAUACCUCCCCU